GCUGCGAGUGCUCGGUGCAGGAAACACGACUCACAAAGAAGAGAAUCACAGCACACUCGCUUCCGGUGGCUGCUCCGCCUUCAGCUACACUUCCAUUACCGAUGGAUGAAGUUUCACUGAAUACCGAACCUGUACUCGAUGACGAGACAGAGGAAUUUGAGAUUGAUGGAGAUUGUGCGAUGACUGAAUUUGUCGGCCAGUCUGGUGUUAUUGAAGGUGAAAAUCCCCUGCCUCCUGCUGUUGGAAUGGAGUUUGAAACAUAUGACGAUGUUUACUACUUUUACAAUUGUUAUGCUAAAGAUCAAGGAUUUGGAGUUAGGGUGAGUAAUACAUGGUACAGAAAGAGCAAAGAGAGGUAUAGAGGAAAGCUAAGUUGUAGUAGUGCUGGUUUCAAGAAAAAAACUGAAGCAAACAAGCCCAGACCAGAAACAAGAACUGGUUGUCCUGCAAUGAUAAAGUUCCGAUUGAUGGAGAGCAAAAGGUGGAGACUUAUUGAAGUUGAACUUGAGCACAACCACUUAAUACAUGCACGGGGUGGGAAGUUCUAUAAAUCUCACCGGAACACGACACUUGGAAGUAAGAGACCGUUACAGGUGGAUGGUGCUGAAGUUCAAAAAAUUAUGUUGUUUAGAACAGUAAUUGUUGAUACUAGUGAAAAUGGAAUCACAAGUGUUGAUGAAAAUGAAUUUAGGAACACUGAAGAUCAGCCCGGUAAUCAAUUAAGUCUUAAACCAGGGGAUGCUCAAGCAAUUCAUGAUCUCUUUGCUCAUCUUCAGCUAAUAAAUCCAAAUUUCUUUUACGUAAUGGAUCUUAACGAAAGGGGACGUUUGAGAAAUGUCUUUUGGGCAGAAGCAAGGUGUAAGGCUGCAUAUAGUUAUUUUGGAGAUAUAGUGUCAAUUGACAGUACUAGUUUGUCAGACAAAUACGAGGUACCACUGGUUGUAUUUGCAGGAGUGAACCACCAUGGACAAUCUGUGCCACUAGGUUGUGGUUUGGUCGCUGGUGAGACCAUAGAGUCAUUUGUAUGGCUGUUGAGGGCAUGGCUGACAUACAUGGUAGGACGCCCUCCGCAAACUGUUCUUAUUGGCCAGUCUAAAGCUAUGCAGACUGCAGUUCUUGAUGUUUUCCCGAGAGCUGCUUAUUGUACUCCUUUAUCUGACAUCAUGAAGAAAUUUUCUGAUGAACUGGGAGGGUUGCACGAGUACGAAGCAAUUAAGGCAUCGUUUACGAAAGCAAUUAGCAAUGCAUCGAGAGUAGGCGAGUUUGUAGCAGCUUGGGAGGACAUGAUGGGAAGCCAUGGAAUUCAGGGUCAGAAAUGGCUUCAAACAUUGUAUGUAGAUCGUAAACAAUGGGUGCCAGCUUUUUUGAAAGAUGUAUUCUUGGCAGGGGUAUUCGAAGACAAACUGAGCCCCUUUGAAGGGUAUUUAUCUAAACAUACUCCUUUGAAAGAGUUUGUUACCAAUUAUGUCCAAGCACUGCAGGAAAUAUAUCAAAGAGAAUCGUUGGCUGAUAUGGAAUCCAGAGAUCCUAAUUGUAUGUUGAAGUCGAGAUUUCACUUUGAAGCUCAGCUCUCAAAACUGUACACUCGCGCCAUAUUCAAGAAGUUCCAAUGUGAAAUAGAGGGAAUGUUUUCGUGUUCAAGCACAAAACAAGUGCGCAUUGAUGGAGCAGUAAUAACACACGUAAUCAAGGAACAUAGAGCAGAGGAUGACGUUCGAGAAGCAAGAGAUUACGAGGUUGUGUUGAACAUGUCAGACACAGAGGUUGUUUGCGAUUGUGGGUUGUUCAACUCCAAGGGUUUCUUGUGCAGGCACGCGUUGAGUGUUCUAAGCCAGAACGGCGUAGAAGAGAUUCCACCUCAGUACAUUCUUCCGCGAUGGAGGAAGGAUAUUCAUCGUAGCUAUGUUCUUGACAACGGUUGCCAUGGCAUCGAUGUGAACAAUCCAGUGCACAGGUACGAUAGUUUAUACAAAUGCGCGAUGAAGGUUGUGGAAGAAGGGCAGAAAUCUCAUCAUCAUUACAAAUUUACAAUGGAUGCAUUGGCUGAGAUUCUGAACAAGGUGUGUCUUGAAGGGGAUCUUCCAGGUUGAGUGGGGG